AUGACGACGGUGGUCCCCAGUCCCGUGCCAGACGCAGACCCUGCCGCAAAAUGGCGUUUCCCGCCGUUCCCGCCGCCACCGCCCGGCGUCAGUAUCGUGCCAUUCGCGGAUUUCGUCGAGUGCGGUAUUCAGGUGUUUGGGGAGUGGGUGGACGGUGCGCCGCGCGACGGGCGCGGGAUCGUCACGGUAGUACUUCCCGCUCGCACGAAAGACACCACCGCUGUUGAGGGAGGAGUUGCGGUCAGCAAGAAGAAGAAAAAGAAAAAGAAGACGCAGGCGGUCGUCGCUGCUGCGGGCGACUGGUGGACGGUGUGGGCGGGGUAUGCCGCACACGAGCGGUUCCGCGUGCCAUACGACAGCGCGAUCGAUCCGAUUAGCCGGCUGCAUAUGGCGUACGACGAUUUCGAGCAGUACUAUGGUAUUCCGCAAUUGACCGCCAGCUCACACAAGUACGUCUGGGACAUCGUCAAUGCGCUCAAGUACUUCGUUGGCGCCGACAAAGGCCUGUCGAACAUGAAGCUGGGGCAUGGCUCGGAGGGCGGCGAUGGCGCGAUGGAUGACGAUGACGACGGUUUUGGCGACGACGGGGACUUUGACCUUGGUGCUCCGGUUGGGACGACUGCGGAGGAGAGCCAACUUGAGAUCAGCGCAGAAACCAGGUCGGAGCAGGGAGAUGGCGAGCCCGCACCGCGUUUCCGCAAGGCCCAGGCAUUCCUCGACGACCCCGCAUAUGCAACGCAGGUCUUCCUGUCGUCGCACCUGAUCGACAAGGGCCUUUGUUGGGAGCAGCGCAAGCUCAUCGCCGCGCCGCACGUAAUGCGCUUCUUCCUUACUUUCCUCCACCGCACGGGCGUGAUCGCCAAAUCGGACUUCGACAACGCUAUGCUCAUUGUUCAGACCGCGAGCGUUGACCUCCCGGGCACGCUUGCGGUUUCUAACGUGCUUCCGGACGCGUGGCGUGUUGCGUGCGAGGGGGCGUGGGGAAAGGCAUAUGAAAUCAAGUUCGAAAUGGACGAACGGCCAGCGAAACGGGCCAAAAUCGACGGUGAAACGGAGAAUAUCGAGCUCGAAAAUGGCACGACGUUGGUUGGGCAGACUGUGGACAGCGAUGAGCUCAUGGGUGGCGACAGCGGUGGCGAACAAAAUAACGAGGACGCGAACGGGUGGGGCGGCAGUGGUGGGUGGGGUGACCCUGAGACGACAGAGAAUACCGCUGGCUGGGGCGAACCUGCAAGUACUACCGCCGAAGAGCCCAAGCCGAUCCCGACUCUGGCUUCGAUCCUGGGCAACGACACGCGUGCUGCCGCCGUCAAGGAGCGGUACACCCCGGGCCUCGUCGAGCGGGCCAUGCGGCGCAUCGCCAGCGUCGGCACGGACGGGCCGCUUGCGAAGGUCGUGCUCGCGCCGUGGCCCGACUGGAAGCCGAGCGUUCCGGGAGAGCAGGACAACGGCCCGACCGUCCUGCGGCCGUCUGGCCCACAUGACAGCUACACGGACGACAUUACCCUGCGCGUGCUGCCCGCGUGUGCGGCCGUCCUCGCGCAGCAUGUCGGGCUCGGGGUGUGGGGGACGUGGGUGCGUGUGGACGCGGCUGGGCCGGCGGGGGAUGACGACGUUGAUGUGGAGGGGUGGUAUGUCCAGGACGUGACCCUGGUGAUCCCGAGCUAUUGGGCGGCGGCGACGGGGGCGUGUGGGAUGUUUAACACGAAGGGGAAAGAGAUUUCCACUUGA